AUGUCGUCCAACCUGGAGGACAACAUUUACACCCCUCUCCCUCCGAAGCUGCCCCCAAAGACCAAGCAUCAUGACGAGGAUGACCCUAUCGAGUAUGUCGUGGAGAAACGUUCUCCACGGCAUCACAAGGUCAAGGUCAUCCAUGAGCCGUUCGAUGAUGAGGAGGCUCACCCAAAGGUGGAAAGCCCCUCUUCGCCACGAAAGCGCGACAGUGGCAAGUAUUAUAUGACCGGAGCACGAAUGGACGAUGAUUACGACAGCGCACGACGGGAGUAUGACCGUGUGCGACCAGAUCCGGAAGUCCAGCGGUUGCGUGAUGAUCUCGAGAGAGAAGAGCGCAAGCGACGACAGGCAGAACUUACUGCCGCCGCCGCCAAGGAAAAGGCCGAUCGACUCAAGGCUGACCUGGAGUACGAGAAACGCCAACGGUCUCUGGAGAAACGUGAACGAGACCUUGCCGCGCGCGAAACGCGCCUCAAUCAGGAGGAGCGAGAGCACCUCGCGGAAGCCCGACGACAGCGAGAACGCCAAGGAGUCGUUGUCCACAAUCCGCCUGCCGUGGUGGCCGUGCGUGAACCCAACCGGUCGGCUCUGGACCGGGCCCGGGAUGACUACGACCAUCUCCGCAGUCAGCAAGCUCGCGACGAGCGACGACCGGCGACAGGGGAAAGACGGCCCCGGCGCCAAAGCAUUAUCAUCGUCGACGACGAGCAUGACCGUGAGCGAGAUCGACGACAACAACGACGGCAGUAG